UCUUUUUCGUGGGUUUUGGUCUGCUACAAAAUCAGUGCAAAAGAAAAUACUGUCCUUUAUUACAGACAUUAUUAAAUUGGUUUAGAAAUGGAGAGUGCAAAGGAGAUGGGAGAAACGAAGGCCAAGUCUAUAUUUGAAUUAGAUUCAGAUGAAGAAUCUCAGAAUAAUGAGGGUGAUAGUGGUCUAGCUGUCUCUCUUGAACUUGAAGCAAGUCCCAGCCAUACCAACAACCAAGAUGUCAGUCAAGAAGCAGUGCAAGUUGACUUUGUUUCACACGAGAUCAUUCAAUCAUCGCCAGAAAAUGUGCAGUCUUCUGAAGGGAAGGAUGAUCCUGUGAGCACCAUAUCAAGUUUAAGUGCAUUUCAGAAAGCCAGAAUAGAAAGAAAUCGUCAAAAAGCCCUCUUGCUCCGGCAGGCAAGAUUGCAGGCUCAUCCAUAUAAAAAUGGCAAUGCUGGCGAGGAAUAUUCAGUAAUCAGGGUUCAGAAUUCAAGACUUAUUGAUUCAGGUGGUGGUUUCCUCAUUGAUGAGAAGGAUCUCGAGGAAGAGCAAUCAAAAGAGUUUGUGAUCUCUGAAAUCCCUGCUCCAAUAAUUUUACCCGACCGUCCUCAUUGUGAUGAAUGCGAGCAACCUCUCCACGACUCCUUACUGUACAGAUCUUUUUCAUGUUCUGUUUGCGACACCUGCAAGGAUACAAAUGAUGAUAAAUACUCUCUAAUUACACGAACAGAUGCGCGUCAGGAGUACCUUUUAAAAGACUGUGACUUAGAUUUACGCGAACCAAUUUUACGUUUUAUCUUGCGCAAAAACCCGCUAAAUCCUAGAUGGGGAGAUAUGAAGCUCUACUUGAGAUUGCAGGUUGAAAAAAGAGCACUGGAGUUGUGGGAGACGCUUGAGAAAAUAGAAGAAGAAAAAGAACUUCGUGAAACCAAGCGAGAAAAAAGUAAAACGAAAAAGUUCAACCAACAAGUUAAAAAUUUACGAAUGGCAGUACGGAGUAGCGUGUACAAAAAAGUAACAGCCAGCCAUCAACAUGUCUUCGGCGACGAAAAAUUUGAUGCGGAAAAAGACAUCUACUACCGCAAGUGUAGCACGUGCUCUUUUCAACAAGAAUACGAAAAAAUGUUUGGUAUUGCCAAGAGCUUCGCUAGUCUAAUCAACAUACACUUAAAAAAAAUGUCAUAAGUUGGCACCGAUGGGAGAUUUCUCGGUUAUAAGGUAGUUGAAUUGUAAAAUAAGGCAGCCUACAAAUAUCACAUAGACAAUUCUUGAGUGAUUACAGAUCCGAAUUCCAAUCGUA